UCAUCAAGUGUACCGCUCAUAAUUGUAACUCUUCCUUUGCUGUUGUUCACGUGGUUUCGAUCCCUCCGCUUACCGGUUGCCAUUUGCUCAGGGAGUACCGAGUAGGCAGCCUAAUAUCUGACGUCGACCGUGCAGUCACCGAGGGGCAGUGGCCAAAACACACUUCAGCCUCAGGAUACAGCGGGCCCGAGUGCAGAGCACCGCCCAAGAUUCCACGACCUGAACACUGCAAUAACACUGCUGCGAGUCCAUCCACUGGUUUUGAUCUACGGUUAUCCCACUGUCCUUUUCCACCGACACUCGCCAGCCUUUGCGAAUCCCCCCACUACUUGACGACAUCACCGACACCGCAAUCGGACCGGCGCCCUUGAACCCUUCACCGAGGGCUACCAUGAAGUCUUGAAGAACAUGGAACAUUCUAUGUCAACUCAGGAGCAGCAGCUCUGCCAGUUCCUGGCGGAGCUGCCCGCCCGCUUCAACUACCGCUACACCGAGGAAGCCUCCCGAGAGCUGCUGAGGAGUCUGUUCUGGUCACUGGCCGGCGGCAGCAACGACUACAUGCGGCUGCUCUUCCCAGAUGGCAAGCCAGGCGAUACCCUGAAGCUUAGUGAUGCACAGGGUGCCGUUGAGGGAGCCGAAUAUACCGAGACAGCGAGGGGCAAACGAUGCGGUCACAUCUUCAAACCUGGCGAAGCGUCCUACAUGUGCCGCACCUGCGGCACCGAUGAGACCUGCUGCCUUUGCAGCCGGUGCUUCGACUCGACCGACCACACCGGACAUAUGGUUCGUAUUCAAAUCUCAGUUGGCAACAGUGGCUGCUGCGACUGUGGCGACGAUGAAGCUUGGAGGACGCCAUUGUUCUGCACAAUCCACUCCGACAUGCAUGCGGAUGGUCACAAGGGGAAGGAGAAGGAGGCAGCUGGGCUGCCGGAGGAUGUUGUCGCAAACUUACAGAUGACCAUCGGUCGGGUCUUCGACUACGUCUGCGACGUCAUCUCGUGCUCCCCCGAGCAACUGCGCCAGGCUAAGACGAAGGAGUCCAUCAUCGAGGACGAGCAAACGUCGCGGUUAUCGUCCCAGUAUUAUGGCCCAGACGCCGAGCCCUGCAAAGACUACGCACUGAUUCUAUGGAACGAUGAGAAACAUACCGUCCAGGAAGUUCAGGAUCAGGUUGCUCGUGCCUGUCGCAAGAGUCGUCGUGCCGCUGCCGAAAACGCUUGGGAAACCGACGCCAUCGGACGCAGCAUUCUGACGUAUUUGCCAGAUGUGGAUAGGCUCCUCCAUAUGGCCACAAUCAUGGAGGCCAUUCGAGUUACGGUGACAAUCAGAUCGGCGAGAGAUACGUUCCGUGAGCAGAUGUGUGGGACUUUGGUGGAAUGGCUAAGUGAUAUCUCGGGCUGCGCAGUCGGCCACGACAACCACAUUCUUCGCCGCACCGUUUGCGAAGAGGUAAUGAAGUCAUGGCGUCAGGGCAGCUCGGCCACCCAUACAUUGGGGCUGAUCGAUGACGAAGAGGAAGACGAUCAGAUGGUGGAGUCCCGUCAUCGCUUCGACGGCAUGAACGCCCGCUUUAUCAUGGCACUGCAAGCUGCCGCUGGAAAUGCAACAGGUCUGGACUUUGAGGCAGCUGACUCCUCCGAGGAUGAGGAGGAUGAUGGUGAUGCAGAUAUGGAUGACCAGGGCAAUCAUUCCCCUUCUAGCUCCGUUGCGGGGGGGGAUGAGGACGAAGAUGAUGAUGACGAUGUUAUGAUGGUUGAUGCUCGCGGAGAUGUUGGUGAUCUAGGCAUGAACUGGAGCCAGUCUGACCAGGCUUUGGAAGAAGACGAGGCCACAAUGGCCGGAUAUCCACCACCCCCUCCUCCACCUCCCGCUGGUGCUGUCGCCGCUACCCCAGCGGUCCUUGUCGCCACAGCUCCCGGAACUACGACUCAGGACAGAGAAGCAACACCCUCAGACUCGGAGGAACCUAUUGUGGAUUUGAUUGCUCCAUCGAUCUUCGCCAAAGCCAAUGCCGAAAUCCCCAAGACCCCAGGAAAGACCGAGAAGAUGACACCACGACCUGGACGGUACUGGAUAGAGACCCCUGCCGUCUAUACACAGCGCGAGAACGUACCUCCCGCAGAGGAUGUCUUCCGACGUGUUCGUCUCGACUGGCUUCUCCUGUUCGACUUGAGAAUGUGGAAGAAGGUCAGAAAUGACCUCCGAGCACUAUAUAUAUCAACCGUGGUGCAGAUUCCGGAAUUCAAGCGAGUUCUUGCCCUCAGAUUUGCCAGCCUUUACACGAUCCUGGCUCAGCUGUACUUGGUUGGAGACCGAGAGCCGGAUCAUUCCAUCAUCAACCUCUCCCUCCAGAUGUUGACGACCCCCUCCAUUACGGCAGAGGUUGUCGAGCGAGGAAACUUCAUGACUAGCUUGCUGGCCAUACUAUACACAUUCUUGACAACCCGUCAGGUCGGCCAUCCCUGGGAUGUCUCCCCCGAUGCGGUCCUGGCGUUUGAGAGUGGAUCUGUUACGAACCGACGAAUGUACCAUUUCUAUCAAGAUCUGAAGUACCUCUUUGGAGCACCUCAUGUCCAAGAGCGGGUCAGGUGUGAGCCAAGAUACCUUAUGCAGUUCUUGGAUUUGGUCAAGCUUCACCAGUGUAUCGGCCCCAAUGUGCGCGCUGUCGUCGAGCACGUCGAGUAUGAGGCUGAUUCAUGGAUAACUGCAUCAUUGGUUACGCGCCAGAUCAACCUGCAAGCUCGAAACCUCGCCGAAGCGUUCCGAAACUGUCCUCCAGAUGAGAUUCACUACUUACAACGAGCCAUCCGAUUCACUGCGAAGACAGUCAUCUUGAACUCAAUCGGGGCUGAACGCCACAGAUUCAAACAAUCCGAGGUCAAGGAUGAAGUUCAGUUCAAGACUUUGACCGACUUUGAAUUCGACAUGGACGCAACAUCAUAUGAUGUGGUCAAGUUUGUGGUUGAAAAGGAUGCAAUCAGCUUCCACCAUGCACUGCACUACACACUGUCAUGGCUCAUUGAAUGCGGACGGUCUCUCCCCGCCUCCACCCUGAAAUCGCUCUUGAGCUUCACGCCCCAGGAACUCAAGUCGAGGCCCAAGCUCAUGGGUCGUCCACAGGUGCCCAGAAAGGACUAUAGCGCUGAUGACUAUCUCAUUGCGGCAUUCGACUUUCCUCUCCGUGUUUGUGCCUGGCUUGCCCAGAUUAAAGCAAACAUGUGGGUUCGCAAUGGAAUCAGCCUACGACACCAAGCCAGCACUUACCGUGGAGUUGGCCAAAGAGAUGUCUCUCAUCACCGAGACAUUUUCCUUCUCCAAACAGCUCUGGUCAUCUGUGACCCGAGUCGGGUGCUCGUUUCUAUCAUCGACCGUUUCGGGAUGGAGAGCUGGGUCAAGGGACUCUUUGAGCUGAAAUCCGAGGCUCAGGAUGAUAACCAACACCUGGACGUGGUGGAGGACAUGAUCCAUCUUCUCAUCGUCCUCCUCAGCGACCGAACAUCAUUAAUCCCCUCAGACGAUGAGACCAACUCACGGCUCCUCGCCAUGCGCCGUGACAUUACCCAUGUCUUGUGCUUUAAGCCACUAUCGUUCAAUGAGAUUUGCAACAAACUCCCCGAGAAAUACCAAGAGCAGGAGGAUUUCCACCGCGUUCUAGACGAGAUGGCGACAUUCAAGCCUCCUGAGGGCGUUUCUGACGUCGGGACUUUCGAGCUCCGCCCUGAGUUCAUCGAGGAAAUCGAUCCUUACAUUGCGCAUUAUAACAAAAACCAACGCGAGGAGUCCGAGAUGGCAUACCGAAAGAAAAUGGCAAAGAAGACGGGCAAGACAGUCGAAGAGAUUGUCUACGAGCCCAAGGCUCGUCCCGUGCUCUCGGGCUUAUUCGAGAAUCUGAGCGCCUUCAUGAGCACAGGCAUGUUUUCCCAGGUCAUUUACUACUCGCUUCUGUAUCCCCUUGUGGCGCAGAAGUUCACUCCUUCAGUGCCGUUCACACGACUAGAGACCUUCCUGCAAGUCGUGCUUCAUCUCAUGUUGAUCGCCAUUCUCGAAGACAAGAGUGAUGAGAACGAGAUGACUGAGGAGUCACUCAAAUCGUUUGUCUACAUUGCUCUUACACGAUGGGGCCGCAGCAACUUCAUGCCCGAGGCGCCAAACUCCAGAACCAUUGUGGCUCUCCUGCACAUGAUGUCUACCAAGGACGAGUUCAAAUCAGUUCAUCCCAAAAUUGCGCUCGUACUCAAGCGACUCAAGCAGAAGCGGCCCCAUGCGUUCGAGUCAGCGUAUGUGAGCCUCGGUGUCUCAGUUGAUCGUAUCAACACGUCAUCACCGGCCAAUACGUCCGUCGAAGAAGAGCGCGAAAGACGGAAGAAGGCUGCUCUCAGCCGCCAAGCGAAGGUCAUGGCCCAGUUCCAGCAGCAGCAGAAGAGCUUCAUGGAAAAUCAAGGGACAAUCGACUGGGGCUCUGAUUUAGAUGAGGACGAAGAGGAAACAGAGCAGUCAGAAGAAAGGAAGCACAACUGGAAGUAUCCCGUCGGCACUUGUAUCCUUUGUCAGGAAGAUCUGGAUGAUCGCCGUCUGUAUGGAACUUUUGCGCUGUUUAACGAGAGCCGUAUCCUUCGACAGACGGACUUCCAGGACCCUGAUUUCGUCCGAGAGGCAUCGCAGACCCCCUGCAGUCUUGAUCGAUCAGCAGAAGACGUUCGACCCUUUGGCAUCGCCCAUGAGAACAGGAAGAUGGUUGAGAAAAUCAACGCCCGUGGAGAAUCCUUCCUUGCGGAACGGCAGACCAUUGGCAAGGGCUUUUCUUCCAACAUAUCUCGAGCAGGCCCCGUGGCCAGCGGGUGCGGACACAUGAUGCACUACCGCUGUUUCGAGGUCUAUUAUGAUGCGACGGUUCGACGACAUACUCACCAAAUUGCAAGGCACCACCCCGAAGACACGAGGAAGAACGAAUUCGUAUGCCCACUCUGUAAAGCGCUUGGGAACGCUUUCGUGCCAAUCAUCUGGAAGGGACUGGAUGAAUCUUACCCAAGUUACUUGCAAUCCCAGGGGACUUUUGAGGACUUCUUAGAAAAGCAGAUGAGUUCCGCUUACUGGAUUGGCGGAAGCAAGGCGCGUGAGGUCGACGAACCGCCGUUCCCCGACUUGUAUACUCCCAGUCUGCCCGGCAGUCUCGUGGAGACGCUCCUGCCGGCGAACCCGACGUCAGAGGCAUCCUGGGGGCGAGAAGAUUCGGAGUCUCACUCGUCGGCUGUCGGCACCCCUGCCAGCUUCGCAUUCUCCGACAUGAAUUCGCCUGAACCGGUUCAGCCUCAACCUCAGUCAACAGCACCGACAACAGAGGGCAGUCAGUUGAAGAUGGAACUUUUAACGGCUUACCGCCGACUACGAGACACGCUCCGGGUAAACGGCUUGCACACCAAGCAUAUCAUUGACGCCAAGGGCGACAGCUCAGAUGACCUCUACUCUAGCGACACACUAGUCAAGUCGGUUGGUUUCAGUAUUUCUUCCGUGGAGAUCCAGCAGCGAGGAACAGAAGUACAACCAGGCAUGACGCUUCUAGAGAAGAUCCCAGAGCAUGUCCUUACCCACCUGCGUAUCCUUUCAGAAACAGUUUCGUCCUACAUCUCCGUCGGAGCGCGACACUCGGGGUCCGAGAACCGCAUCGAUGCCGAAUUCAGAAAGGAUAGCGAACGACAGCACUGCCAGCUAUUCAUGUCACGAUACUUUGGAACCGGUACUCCGUAUGCCCGGCGACCUUUGGACGUGUACCCACCUCUCUUGACCAUGGAUUCCUUCCUUUUCCUAGUCGAAUGCUCGUAUGGCCUAGUGCCAACCCAAAAGGCAGAGAUAACACAUGUGCUUCGGCUCUGCUACCUGGCAGAGCUUGUCAAGCUUGUGUACCACAUGGGCCGAAAUAUCCCGGUUGCCAACUGGAUAGGAAAUCUUACCAACCGGCAGACUCAAGACCCUGCAAUUAACAACUUUGCCGACUUUGCCCUUGCAGUAACUCAGUUUAGCCUGGAAUUCCACGCAGCGCAGUUCCCUGAUGGCGCCGAGUUUGGGGAGAACCGUGGCUUCCAGCAGCCGGGCGUCGAUACUCUCGAAGGGUGGUACACUUUUGCGAAGAAGUAUGCCCUGACGUUCCUGAGGAAGAGCGUCAUCUUCCUCUAUGUCAGGUACGGCGUAGAUUUCAAUAGCCACAUCUCACCUACCCCAGAUGCGGACGAGCUCGACCGCCUGACCGAAACACUUCGCGUGCCGAGUUUCGACGAAAUGUGUGCCGCAGUGACAGAGAACUCAGCCGCCUGCGGAUGGCCCAAGACGACUGGCGCACUGGUGUCGGGGUGGGUGAAGCACCAGGUGAUGUGGCCUGGAGGCGACCAAGAGAUGCCUCACUCAGCAGUUCUCAGCCAUCCCGGCAUAUUCGAGUUGAUCGGGCUACCCAAGAACUACGACACGCUCAUUGAAGAAGCAACGAGACGGAAGUGCCCGACCACAGGCAAGGAGCUCACGGAUCCCGUCAUCUGUCUCUUCUGCGGCGACCUCUUCUGCAGUCAAGGAACAUGCUGCCAGAAGACGAACUCAUCCCCAGAUGGGGUGGAAUACACCAAGAUUGGCGGCGCUCAACAGCACAUGCGCAAGUGUCAGCGCAACAUUGGCGUCUUCCUCAACGUGCGGAAGUGCUCAAUUGUGUACCUCUUCCGCAUGUCCGGAUCCUUCACGCCGGCACCGUACAUUGAUAAGUAUGGCGAGACAGACCCGCAACUGCGACAUGGGCGACAGCUCUUCCUCAACCAGAAGAGAUACGACUCGAUGAUCCGGAGCACGGUGCUGAACCACGGAGUACCGAGUUUGAUCAGCCGGAAGCUGGAGGCGGAGAUUAACAAUGGAGGCUGGGAUACUCUGUAGACGGAUGGAUCGGGGAGAGAGGAUUGUAGAGAGCAAUAUUUUAUGACGGCAACUCUCUGGUUUAUAGGCUGGAUGGUGAUUCCAGGUGUAUUGGUCGAGAGUGUUUGUAUCACAUCAUCGCAUCUCUUAGAAUGAGCCAAGGGACAUACUUAAUCAAACCAUCAGAAUGCGGUUCUUGUAUUGUAC